AUAGGUACCAUUGUUAUGCCCACUGUAAGACUAUUACAAGACCCCAUGACCAAGGUUCAUGGGCUACAAAGGAACAAGUGAUCUAGCCUGUGUUUGUGGGUGUUCAGAAAGGCUUGGAAGCAAGAAGAGAUCAAAAUCUACUUGUCCACACUAAAAUACUUCCGGAGUGGUCCUACACUGGAAUUACCGGAGCCUGUCUACAGAGUCCAUUCAUUCCCUGCUUCCUCAGACGAUCGGCAGGCAGUCCGGGUCUCUACCCUGAAGCUUCACACCGCGCAACUCUCUGACUCGGUUUCCUUCUGCAAGCCUGUUGGCUGUGGUCGCACCGGAAUCGAAGACUUUCGCCAGCCUGUUUCUCCGUGUAUGGGCCCAAGGCUCGGCUAAUCCACCCGCGCGCGUCACGGCUUGGCGCACAGAGACUUGGAACACGCGUCCCGGCGGGUCCCGCCCGCGUCCCGCCCGGCCCGGCAAGCGGCGGGCGCCUACCCUCGCAGAUCUGCUCCCAUAGGUUCUUCCCCGGCGGCUCGGCGGCCUGCGCAGGUGAUUCGAGUAUUUCGAGUGAUCCGGGCAACACUGCGGGAACCGGUGUCCGCGUAGUGGCCGGCGAGUCCGCGGAGCCUCCCGCCUCCUCACGCAGCACGCCCCGGCUGGACGCUUGUUUAGGCGCCGCCAUGGACGCGGUUUCUACAGCAACGCAGGGCGCCGUGUGGCCGCGACCCGGAAGAAGAAGGACUUCGAGGGGGCGGGCCAGAAAUUCGAGGAUGACUUCCGGGUCGCGGCUGCGCGGGAGCUCUUGUGGGGAGGCUUUACCUGCUAGUAGACCAGUAAUGGUCAGCAAGACCCAGAAAGCAGACCUGGGCCCACGACUCCCAGAGAAGAAGAAAAAGAAGAAGAAAAAGAAGGUGGUUGCAAAUGUCUCAGAACCAGAGACUCAAUACUCAGUCUUAAACAGCAAUGAUUAUUUUAUAGAUGUUUCUCCUCCAAGAGCCAUAUCCCCUUCUAACAAUGUGGGUGAGGUUCAGAUCCCCGAGGUGUCACUAAGCAAGAGAAAGAAGAAAAAAAAGGCCUGUAGCACUCACUUGGAGGAGUACCUGGGGACUGAGCCUACACGAGCAAGACAGAAAAAGUCGCCUAGCCCUAGAAGGCAGAUCCUUGAGAACUCAGCAGAAGGCCUCGUCAGAGAGAAGAAAAAGAAGAGGCGGAAGUCCUUAUCAAAGGCUGUCUCCCAAGGCUCAGGGCUGAAGACCUCCCCAGACCCCAAGCAUGCCAAGGAGGUAAGCAAAGCUGGUAGGAAGUCCAAAAAACACAGGAAGGAAAAAAAGGUUCCUGACAUGGAAGCCUUUCCUCCCCGGGACUCUUGGCUCUAUGAGGCCGGGGAUGCUCUGCACUCAUGCUUAGAGGGGGCAGAGGCUGAGGAACAGGCAGCCUUGGGGCAGAAAAGGAAGCAGGGGAGCCCCAGAGAUCACAGCAUGAAGAAAAAGAAGAAGAAGAUCCACCAGGAGGGAGACAUCCUCCUGGUCAACUCCAGGAUCUCCAUGGAGAACAGCCUGAAGAAAGGGAGUAAGAAAUCAGUCAGAAGUGAAGCUUUGGAGUUCAUCCCAAUAGACAGCCUGAAUGCCGCUGGGAAGAAGAAAGUAAAAUCCAAGAAGAAAGUGGAACAGCCAGUUGGUGAAGGGCUGGCUGUGAAAAGGAAGAAAAAGAAGAAGAGGAAAGAGAGCAGAGUAAAGGAAGACCCUUGGCAGGAGGAGAAAGAGGAGUCAGACACAGACUUGGAGGUGGUACUGGAAAAAAAAGGCAACAUGGAUGAGACCUGCAUAGAUCAGGUGAGACGGAAGGCCUUGCAAGAAGAGAUUGAUCGUGAGUCGGGCAAGACAGAGGCUUCAGAACCCAAAAAGUGGACGGGAACCCAGUUUGGCCAGUGGGACACUGCCGGCUUUGAAAAUGAAGAACAGAAGAUAAAAUUCCUGAAGCUUAUGGGUGGCUUUAAGCAUCUGUCCCCAUCCUUCAGCCGCCCUCCCAGCAUGACUGUCAGGUCCAACAUGGCCCUGGACAAGAAGUCGGCAGAAAUGCUCCAGCAGAGUCUGCAACAGGACUAUGACCGGGCCAUGAGCUGGAAGUACAGCCACGGGGCUGGCCUGGGCUUUAACUCUGAGGCUCGCAAGGUCUUCUACAUUGACCGGAACAUCUCCAAGUCUAUCAAGUUGCAAGAUUAAAUUUUAUUGUCCUGUUCUUCAAACUGCAUUUCUUGAUCAGUUUUGCAUCCAUCAAGUUGGCUUGAAAUAGUCACCUGCAGUUAUUGAGGACCAAUAUGAAUUGCUAAAGCCUCCUAUUUUCUGUGUUAAACAUUCCACCUCCUUGGGUGACAGUAUUUUAAUAGUAGCUAGCAGUUGUUGACACGUGGAGGGUCCUAACUUGUUUUCCUUGUAUUGUAUACUUAAACCUAAUUAUGGAAUGGGUGCUGUUCUCAUCUCUAUCAAGUUCAGGGAUAAAGUAAUAAAAACAGCCCAGGGUCACCUUCAACUAAGUGCCAUCAAGAGUACAUCACCCAGAGUCACUCAAUGAUCAGUGGAGGAAGCAGGUGUGGUGCAUUGGGCAGAUGUGGCUGAGCUCCCCUCUGGCAAUAUACCUCUGAGCUGGCUUCUUUCCAGCCGACAUCCUUCCAUCUGACUGCUAUGCUUGGAUUUGAUGUUGCUGUAUUGGCUGGAUCUCAAGGCAUUUUGGACAGUAGGUAAUCCUGCGUAUGAACUCAUGACAGAUUCUCAGCAACAUGUUCCAUGUUUGUUCACUAGACAGAAGACCCUGGACACUUGUGUGGUGAAAUCAAAUGUAAGGAGUGAGAAGAUACUUCGUCUGCUGCAGGCACCAUACCCAUCCCCCUAUCCCCCCCCCAAAAAAAAAAUCACAGCAAUCUUCAUGGAGCUCCAGAUAGAGAGACCCAUGUGACAUGAUUUUCUUUUCCACCAGCUUUCGGCAGUCUGGUAUCAAGGUUCAAAUAAGGAUAUUUUCCUCUGUCUUGGCCUGAUCUCUCACAGGCAGAAACAUUGGGUGGGGGUGGGGGUGGUGUUGGUGGAGGGAUUGAUGCUGCACUGGGUGAGAACAUUCAUCCUUCCUGCACUAUCAUAAGUGUUGGUGUCUUCGUGCUGCUAGGAAGAUCAGAGACAAUUCCAGGCAUUCCAGAGAUGGGAGAAAACCCUCUCUACAACCAAAGAAACUUCUAGCGAUCCUUCAGGAAACUUUUGAUGGCUUCAUUCGACUCUGUAGUUGUUCCUGUAUCAGCCCCGUUGGUAAGGAGAUGCCUCUCAGGCCAGCCAGGGAGAGGGUGAAGUGUGCAGUACUGCCAAUUGGGCAGCAGAGGUGAGACUGCUUGAGGCAACUGCCUCCCCCCUACCCUGUUCCCUGACCUGUGGGCAUAGGCCAUAUUGCAAAGACCUGUUUACACCACUUUCCUGGAAUGAACUUGGCCUUUCAUAAAUUCAGCCUCAAGAUUCAGAAAAGAAGACAGUCAACUUCCAGACAAAUCUCUCCCGGCCUUGGUGAACCCUGGGAACCAGCUGUGUAACUCCAAUAGUUUGUGUUCCCCAGAAAUCACUCCAGUCUGAGUAUGCCUUAGCUCAUCAAAAACUUGUACACAUGGCCAUCUUGUGGGUGGUAGAUGGUUUUCCAUCUUAUGUCACAUAUGCCUUGGAAACUGUCAUCAAGGUGUGAGAGCCAGAUCUUUAUCUUAGCUGUUACACUUACCUCAGUGCUGAAGGACUUGAUUUUGUAGCUUGGUACCUCUUUCUUAGGUGCUCCAUUUGCCCAUCUUUCUCUAAAUAAGAAUCGAAGUCUGUAAGCAAAGACAGCUGUAGGGCAUCCUCAGUGAGUUCAGCCCUGUCUUUGCUGCUCACAAGUGUGGGCUCUUAAUGCCUGUGCUUCUGUUAACCAGGCUCCAGUCCUAUUGGUAGUGGCUUGACCUCUCUACUCCCUUUUUCCAUGUACUGUACCUUCCCCAGAACCCUGUAAUCUUCUGCCUGGUAUAGUCUUAUCUCCAAGGCACUGGGGGUGGGGUCAGUGAUCCAACAUAGCCUUGAACUCGACUGUUUCUUGGCCAUUUCUUACCAGUUUGAUGGCACUCUAGCAAUAUCCUUGUCCAGCAGUCACCAAAACCUCAUGGUUCCUACCACUUUGUUCUUGAGCUGAUUUCUGUGCAGUAUCCACCUGGGCCCAUGAGGCCCUGCCCUGAGGCUACCAUGUACAACCAAACUAAUCUGUCCAAAGUCUCUAAGACACAGUGGUCCCCUGCUCUUAGUACUACUUGAGUUAUGGCAGGCAGGACACAUACACACACAGCAGAAGGGAAAUUAAAGUCACUAAUCACAUUAUUAUUGGCUUUUUGAGACAGGGUUUCUUUAUGUAUCCCUGAAGACUGUGCUAGCCUUAAAAUUCAGAGAUUCACCCGUCUCUGCCUCCAGAGUGCUGGGAUUAAAGGUUUGUAUCACUGCUGCCUGGCUUCAAGCCACCAGUGGCUAUCAGAUGAAUUUGAAGUAAGAUCCUUGAUUACCUGAGUAGAUUCUUAUCUUCAUAAAAUUCCCUAACUGCUAGGUAGCAGAAGAAUUAGUGUGGAAGAGACUUGGAAGAUACCACAGCUACUUGAGAAGGAAAAGGCCACAAGUCAAGAACACAGGCAGCCUUCAGAAGCCACGAAGCUUUUUUUCCCACCAGAGUGCCCACAAAAGAACUUGGAUAUAAUGACCCCUUGACUUAGCCCAGAGAAACCAAUGAGUUCUGACCAACAGCAGUCAGACAGUAAAACCACAGGAAGUCAUUGCUUGUAAUUUGUUAAAGUAAUAAGAACCAGGAAUGACUGACAGACAUGAGGCAUCCUGUCUUUCAUUUCCUAAGUCUCUUCACAUGUCUUUCACAGGGCAAGUAGAUGCCGUUUGUAGAGGUGGGCUUCAGAGACUGAUCUGUCAGUAACACUUCUGCCCAGGUCAACAAAUUGAUUCAGGAACUCUGUGGUGUGUGUACCUAAUGUGAGGCUAAGCCAAGGCUAAUACAGAAGCACUGGGAAUUCUCCAGACCAAUGUAAGGUGCUUAUGCUGUUCAACCUGGGCAGCCUUGAGGCAGGAGAGUAACUUACAAAUGAUUAUUUGUGAAUUUGCCAGUUUCAAAGAAUUAGCUUCCCAGUGAAAGUAACAUAAAAUAAUUUUAGUGGGAAUAGUUUUGUGAAAUAAAGGCCACUUUGGAGUAUUUGAACAUCACCACAGUGCAUUCUGGUUUCUGGCGUGUUUGUUCAAAACAAGAGGAAAGGCAUUUUUUAGCAUCUGGUUUUUGUUUUUGAGACUGAAGCUCAUAUAUCCCAGAGUAGAUGCAAACAUGUAACUGGAAACCCUGAUCAGGUCUUGAUCCUCCAGUCUCUACCUCCUAAAUACUGGGAUUAUAGGUCUGUACCAUGCAUGGCCUUCUGCUAAUGUGGGGCCUUGUGUCUGCCAGGCAAGCAUUCCACUAACUGAGCCAUAUCCUUAGCCUCAUCUCUUCACUUUUGGUUUGUUUUUUGUUUUAAGAAAUGACUCAAUUCCUUGGGCUGGAGGGUACUCUCAUCAGAUUGGCCCCAAAUGUAUGGACAGUAGUAACCCUGAUCUUAAACUAGUAAAGACACUAGUAUACACCCACACACACACAUAGAUAUGACUCGAUAACUUCUACUUUCUGAGGUUAGUCAUGCAUAGUGUUUCAGAAUACAGAUAAAUAAAAUCCAUGCCUAAA